AUGGUCCAUUUAAUGGAUGAUGCUGGCUGUUGGGUCCUACUUGGAUACCUGCUCCUGCCUUUCUCUGUUGUGGGCUCCCAAGACAAUGCGAAGGUGAUCCACAUCAACAAAGUCCACCACCAGCCUCUCCGGGUUGGCCUGGCGGAGCCCGUCGCUCUGCCCUGCCUCUUCCUCCUGCAGCUGCCCGCCUCCCUGGGGCCCAACGCGCCGCCUGACCCCCCUCGGAUCAAGUGGAGCAAGGUCCAGUCAGCCUCGGGGCAGCCGGAGGAUGUCCCCAUCCUGGUGGCCAAGGACAACGUGGUGAAGGUUUCCAAAGGCUACGAGGGGAGGGUCUCUCUGCCUGGGUACCCCUCCCGGCGCCACAAUGCCACCCUGCUGCUCUCAGCCGCCCGAGCCAGCGACGCCGGGCUCUACCGUUGUGAGGUGGUGGCAGGGAUCCAUGACGAGCAGGACCUUGUGCCCCUGGAAGUCACAGGUGUGGUUUUCCACUACCGAGCUGCCAGCAACCGCUACGCGCUGACCUUCCCAGAAGCCCAGAAGGCAUGCGAGGAGAACUCGGCAGUCAUCGCCUCCCCUGACCACCUCCAAGUGGCCUUCGAGGAUGGCUAUGACAACUGCGACGCAGGGUGGCUCUCUGACCACACCGUCAGGUACCCCAUCACCCUCUCGAGGCCUGGCUGCUACGGGGAUCGCAACACUCUCCCGGGAAUCCGGAGCUAUGGGGAGCGAGAUCCUGAGGAGGCCUAUGAUGUCUACUGCUACUCGAAAGAGCUUCGGGGAAAGGUGUUCUAUGCCUCUAGCCCCGGACGGCUGACGUUUCAGACGGCUCAAAAGCACUGCCUGAGCCGAGGCGCUCGGCUGGCGACCGCAGGGCAGCUCUACCUCGCUUGGAGGGAAGGGCUCGACCAGUGCGACCCGGGAUGGCUGGCUGACGGAAGCGUCCGCUACCCUAUACGCAUCCCGCGGAAGAAGUGCGGUGGGGACGAACCCGGCGUCCGGACAGUCUACCAGUUCUCAAACCGGACGGGCUUCCCAGAUCCAGCUUCCAAGUUCGAUGCCUACUGCUACAAAGCUGAAAUUGACCCCUGCGACAACGACCCCUGUUUGCAUGGGGGCACCUGCCAGUCCAGCGGAAACCUCUCCACCUGCAGCUGCCCCCGGGGGUUCACGGGAGAGAACUGCGAAAUAGAUAUUGACGACUGUUUGUCCAGCCCCUGCCAGAAUGGAGGGACCUGCAUUGAUGAGAUCAAUUCCUUCGUCUGCCUUUGCCUGCCCAGCUACGGAGGCAGCCUGUGCGACCGAGACACAGAGGGCUGCGACCACAACUGGAACAAGUUCCAAGGCCACUGCUACCGUUACUUCGCCCACCGACGCUCCUGGGAGGACGCAGAGAGGGAUUGCCGCCACCGGUCGGGUCACCUGACCAGCAUCCAUUCAUGGGAGGAGCACAACUUCAUCAAUAGCUUUGGACAGGAGAACACAUGGAUUGGCUUGAACGACCGCAUUGUGGAACAGGAUUUCCAGUGGACAGACAACACUGGACUGCAAUACGAGAACUGGCGCCAGAACCAGCCGGACAACUUUUUCGCUGGAGGCGAGGACUGCGUGGUGCUGGUGUCCCACGAGACCGGGAAGUGGAAUGACGUCCCUUGCAAUUACAACCUGCCCUACGUCUGCAAAAAGGAUACAGUGCUGUGUGGUCCUCCCCCCACGGUGGAGAAUGCGUUCCCCAUUGGCAAGAAGCGAGAGAAGUACAGUGUGCACGCGACUGUCCGCUACCAGUGCGAGGAAGGCUUCCUGCAACGGCACAUGCCCACCAUCAAAUGCCACGUCAACGGGACUUGGGACAGGCCCAGAAUCGUUUGCACAAAACCCAGACGGUCCCAUCGAAUCCGCCGCCACCAUCGCCGCCACCACAAACACCACCAGCACAAAUCCCGCAAGGACCGCAGGAAACACUUCAAGCAGCACCCAAAGCUGGACUGGACGGAGGAAGACGGGAACUACUUUUAA